AUGAUUCAAGGAUUUGGCGAUCUUUUAGUGAACCACACGGUCACUUUCUUCUGCAUUCUCGCUCAAAUCACAUUCUACAUCCGCAUGAAGCGGCAUCUCCUUCUCCACGGUGUGCCUCGCGAAAUCCAGCGCGACGCCUGCACGAAAACGAUUGCCUUGAUCGCUCUGUGCAGCGUUUAUUUUUUCCUCGGCAUUCUUGCGCUUGUGUCCAAUGUCCGUCGUCCCACGUCCACCACAUCGUCUGACGUGUUUUAUGGGUUUGCCACUACGAGCAUUUGCUUCUGGACCACCUAUUUCAUUCUGUUCAUUCGACGCAAUCCUCGCCAUGUCGAUUCGCUGAAUGACUCAUUAUUGCAAGAAAGCGACAUCGAUGUGAAAAUAAGCCCGCAAGACCUUUCCGUCUUUGUGUUUUCGUUUAAUUGUGGCGAAAAAUCGAUUUCCGAAAUCGACCUGAAAAAUGGAAUUCCAGAAAACAGGGACCUCUACAUUUUCUCCCUCCAGGAAUGCAUGAACACGCGCAAAUCCAUCAAAGCGAUCACCAAAACGCUAAAUCACAAUAACGAAUAUGUAGUCGAGUGGCACUCGAUCGGAAGUCGAUUGCGUCUGCUAGGCUUCCACGGAGACAUCAGCAUUAUCACGCUCGUGCGUAGCACGGUUUUAGAGCGAUUCUCGCUGUGUACAGGGAGUGAAGUGUGCAGAGGGUUUAACGUGGGCGUUUGCAAGCUAGGGAACAAGGGCUCCGCAGCCGUGGCGCUGCGGAUAGGAAAUAAGACGCUCCUGGCCAUCGCAGUGCAUUUCGCCUCCGAUUUGAAAGGAAUCAGCUACUUCGCAAAACGCGUGGAAGAUACGUGCGAGACGAUGACGGACCAUGCGCCAGGAUGGCUUGGCUUUGAAAAUUGGGAGGCUCCGUGCAUGUUCCAUCACGUGAUCAUGGCGGGAGAUUUGAACUUCCGAUUAUCGAUGAAAGACAGCAAUCAGGUGUUAAAGGAGAUCGAGAAGGGCAUGGAGGAGGGAUCCUACGACGCGAUCGUCGCUCACGAUGAGCUUCAUCAAUCGAUCAGCCAAGGCAGCGGAAUCGCUCCAUCGCUUCAGCAUAAGCUGCUCUCUGGAUUUAACGAAGCGGAAAUUGCGUUCCCGCCCACUUUUAAGUUGUACAAAAAAGAGAAGGGAAUCCUGCUGGAUUCCCGUUCUGUUUGUUCCGCUUAUCAAACAAAAGCAAAAGACGGUACGAUGCGCGUUCCCGCUUACACGGAUCGCAUUUUUGCCGCUCUGUGCGGAUGA